AGUGGGUGGGUGACUGUGAAACUUAUAAUGCCAUAUAUAUGAAUGCAUGUUUGUGCACAUGAUACUGAGCACAUAUCCUAAUGAAUAUUUAACCAUCCAGAUCAAUGUCCAGUCAAGAGUACCAUGAUUGUCAUACCAUGUUCAAAGUACAAGUCAGAGUUAGUGACUAGUUGUGACGCAGCUGUUAAAUAGUGGAAACUUAAGACUUUCAAGCUCAGCAGGUCCAAGGAGAGAAGACAUCCAACUGACCUUGCUGUGUCUGAAGCUCUGUCUUUCAAGGAAACUUUGGAUACACUUGCAAGUUUUUGUGCAGAUAAUUGGGAAACCCUGGUUGUGGCUACCAGCUGUCAAUCUUCACUGCACCCCUAUAAUCUAGGUUUGACAGCCCAAGUGUACAGAAUCAGCAGGCGAGUCUUCAACCCGAUAGUUGACAGGUGUCAAUCUUCACAUCAGGAACGAGGACAUAGACUCCACCAUGGAUAAGAAGCCAGCAGGUUUGCUGAUGUUCCUCCUGGUCAUCCUUAAGGUGUUGGGAACUGCAGAAGCCUGCAGCUGCACAGCUUCAUACUGUAACUGCCAGAGACAGGGCCUCACCAGUGUUCCUCAGGACCUGCCGACAACCAUCACCAGCCUGAAUUUGGGAAGUAAUAGAAUUACAACUUUAAGUCAGUCUGAUUUCUCACGGUAUAGGAGCUUAGAGAUUUUACAUAUUGAUUACAAUGGCAUUUCUACUAUCAACAGCCAGGCAUUCUAUCACCUGUCAAACUUGACGAGCUUAGAUCUCUAUGGAAACCGCCUUACAAUCCUCAAAGCUGGCAUGUUCACAGGACUGGGAAAUGUGCAGAGCCUUUCUCUAUCCAAUAAUAACAUCACUGAUAUUCAGGCUGGAACUUUCAAUCCAACACAACAGGUGAGAUACUUGUACCUGUAUGGCAACAAGUUAACAACCCUCAGAUCUGACAUGUUCACAGGGCUGGGAAACUUGUGGACACUUGGUCUAUACAAGAAUAACAUCAGUGAUAUUCAGGCUGGAACUUUUAACUCAACACCACAACUGACAAGCUUGGAACUGUCUAACAACAAAUUAACAACCCUCAGAUCUGACAUGUUCACAGGGCUGGGGAACUUGGAGAGGCUUUCGCUAGAGAAUAAUGACAUAAGUACUAGUGAUAUUCAGGCAGGAACUUUCAAUCCAACACCACAACUAGAAAACUUGUUGCUGCAUCACAACAAGUUAACAGUGCUCAGAACGGACAUGUUCACAGGGCUGGGAAACGUGCAGCAACUUUGGCUACAAAAUAAUGACAUCACUGAUAUUCAGGCUGGAACUUUUGAUCAUACACCACAACUGAAAAACUUGGCCCUGCAUAACAACAAGUUAAUAACCCUCAGAUCUGACAUGUUAUCAGGGCUGGGGAACUUGGAGAACCUUUAUCUAAACAAUAAUGACAUCACUGAUAUUCAGGCUGGAACUUUUGAUCAUACACCACAACUGAAAAACUUGGCCCUGUAUAACAACAAAUUAAUAACCCUUAGAUCUGGCAUGUUCACGGGGCUGGUAAACUUGCAGGAACUUUCUCUAUCCUAUAAUGAGAUCAGUGAUAUUCAGGCUGGAACUUUCAAUCCAACACCACAACUGAGAAGGCUGGAACUGUAUAACAACAAGUUAACAACCCUCAGAUUUGACAUGUUCACAGGGCUGGGAAACUUGGGGGGCCUUUCGCUGCGCAAUAAUGAGAUCAGUGAUAUUCAGGAUGGAACCUUUAAUUCGAUACCACAACUGAGAAGGCUGUACCUGUCUAACAACAAGUUAACAAGCCUCAGAUCUGACAUGUUCACAGGGCUGGGAAACUUGCAGGAACUUCAAGUACAAUAUAAUGACAUCACAGAUAUUCAGGCUGGAACUUUUAACUCAACACCACAACUGAGAAGCUUGUACCUGUACAACAACCACAUUCAAACCAUUCCAUCUAACUUACUGGCAAAUCUGCUGCAACUGAGAGACCUCAGCCUGUCUGGCAACAACAUCACAACCCUUCCCUCUGUGGCCCAUGACAUACUUUCAUCCAUCUCUACUGUAAUCAUUGACAACAACCCCUGGCAGUGUGACUGUAGGAUGGUGGGCUUUAGGUUGAAAAUGACAGGGUCUUAUCCAUUUGAAAACCAGAUCACUUGUUCCCAACCUGACAGCCUCCAUGGGCUAGAGCUUAAAGAUGUCAGUCCUGAAGAUCUGAUCUGUGAAGGUCCAACAACUGGUUUGAUGUCCCCAGUUACUUCCCCUCCACCUACCACAGUGGCUACAAACAGCCCAGAACCCAGUACUGUCCAUAACUCUUCUAUAACAUCUUCACCUGUUUCUGGUGUCUUUUCACCUUCAAAACAAACCGACCCUGCGCUCACUUUGUCCCUACCUGCACUUCUUGGUGCUGUUUUUGGUUCAGUAGCAGGUACUGCCCUCAUCAUCAGUGGCAUCAUUUUUUACAAUCAGACUGAACAAGUAGAGGAAGAACAAUACUCCUCCCUGAUGCCUGCACCAAAAUGCUUUCCACUGUACAAACACUAAUGUACAGCAGUUAACUGCAACGAAGGCCACACUGUCCUAAUUUUAUGGAUUACAUCUUCUAAAGACAUAACCCCCAAACUAGUGCGUGGGCGAAUUAAAAAAAAUUCCAGCCCAAAAACUGGAAUACAAAGCUGGUAUUGUGAAUUUGCGGUACAUAGCGAUUUUUACAAGCCAGCACAUGCUGGUCUUUUAUGAGUCGGCACUGUACUGAUUUCUUGGGUUCCGUGGGGCUCCAGCAGCCUGGGUGCCGUCCUCCAUAGUUACAACUGGCUCCCUACAUGUAGCUACCAUGGACUACAGAGGAUGGCA